UACUGUAGCAGUGUCACUUCUCUGAGCUGUCUAAAAACACUUGUGUUUGUUUUUACAUCUCGACACUGAUCAGCGGCACAUUAUUGCAAUGGCGACAAAGGUUGGAGGACCAUCCGAGGUGAAGCAAGCUACUGCAGAGGUGCAGAUGAUCUGUGAUGAGAUCAAGCAUUGUGCAGAAGAGAAGGCUGGAAGGAAGUUUGUCGUUUUCACUGCCAGAUCUUACAUCACACAGGUUGUGGCCGGGACCAACUAUUUUAUCAAGGUGGAUGUAGGGGGUGAUUUCGUUCAUCUGAGGGUUCACAAGCCACUCCCUCACACUGGAGAAAAACUACAGCUGCACGGGAUUCAGAUCUCAAAAUGUCAACAGGAUCCUAUUGUAUGCUUUUAAACACACUGACCGAGCAGUGCAUCUUCUCUAUCAGUGUCUCAUUCCCUCUCUUAAAUACAUGCACACAGACUACAGUUCCAUACUGUAUAUAGAACAGGUUAAAGUAUGUGAUGUACUCAACUCAUGCUGUUGCACAACUUUUAUUCAAUUGUACACCAUUAAGAUGAACCAAAUACUGUGCCUACUGUAUGUAGAUGAGUUUUAUAUGGUCUUUGUUCACUUUUGUAUUGUGGUGAAACAAUUGCACAUGAAAAUGAAUCAUCACUCCAAAUCUGUUUUAUAAAAGAAGAUGCUACUUCUAAAAUAAAGGGAAAUAAAUUUCAUAUUUCAAAUGGCAA